AUGGAGGUUGAUCUCAUCAUUGAGAAUGCCACAGUGGUAACGGCAUCUGAUGUCCACGUGAGACAAGAUAUCGUGGUUCGCGACGGCAAGAUCUUAGCUGUAGGCCAGGAUCUCAAGUCUCUUUUCUCGGCCAAGACAGUGAUAGAUGCACAACAUGGCUUCGUCAUGCCGGGCGGCGUGGAUUCCCAUGUACACCUUGACCAGGACAACUCUCCAACAGGAGACAACUUUGAGACCGGCACUCGAUCAGCGAUUGCAGGAGGCACAACAACGAUUAUUGCCUUCGCUACCCAGGAACGCACCCAUCAGUCUCUUCACCCAGUCGUAGAUGACUAUCACUCACGCUCCCGAGGGAAGUCAUACUGCGACUACGGCUUUCACAUCAUUCUCACAAACCCGACACCCGCCAUCCUUCGCGAUGAACUUCCAUUCUUUGUCAGCGAGGGCAUCACCUCCGUGAAGCUCUACAUGACCUACAAGCCCUUGCAGCUCAAAGACGGCGAAAUCCUAGAUGUCAUGAUGGCUACGAGGAACCUAGGCAUGACAACCAUGGUGCACGCUGAAAACAGCGACAUGAUCACCUGGAUCACGGCACGCCUUGCAGAGCAGAAACUCACUGCGCCGUACUAUCACGCCAUCAGCCGGCCCAACAUUGCCGAAGAUGAGGCAACGUACCGCAUUAUCGCCCUUGCUGAGCUCUCUGAUAUCCCCAUUCUCAUCGUCCACAUGUCUUCCAAGACCUCCACCGCGCACGUCAGGAGCGCGCAGACAAGGCUCCUGCCAGUUCACGCUGAGACGUGCCCCCACUACCUCUAUCUCACAGCCGAUGCCCUGAAGCCGUCUCAUCCGGCCACUGAUGGCUUCUCCGGCGCGAAGCAUAUCUGCAGUCCGCCAUUACGUGAGGACCGCAUGGAUUUGGACGCCAUGUGGGCUGGCAUUGCCAAUGGGACGUUUACGACCUUCAGCUCAGAUCACGCGCCGAGUAAAUACGAUCACCCUGACGGCAAAAAGGCGGGAUUGGGCAAGGAAGAUGGCUUGAUGAGGUACGACCAGGUUCCCAACGGGCUUCCCGGCGUUGAGACACGACUACCGCUGCUAUUCGAGGGCGGCGUGUUAACGGGUAGAGUGACGCCACAGAAGUUUGUCGAGGUCACGGCGACGAACCCGGCAAAGCUUUACGGGUUGGGAGACACGAAGGGCGCGAUUGCCGCAGGAUAUGAUGCCGACUUUGUGAUCUGGUAUCCAACGAUUGAGCAAGUUGCUGCCAGUGGCGGGACGGGCUCAACAAAGAUGGAGCCGUUUGUCUUGGAGAACUCGAUGUUGCAUCAUGAUAUCGAUUACUCGCCUUUCGAAGGGAUGAAGUUUAACAAUUGGCCGCGUUAUACCAUUUUGCGAGGCAAAGUGGUUUGGGACCGCGAUAGUAGCGGUAUUGUCAGCGAUAUGGGAUAUGGCGAUUUCUUGCGGCGUGGAAAGAGCACAUUGAGCAAGCCGAGGAAUCAAUGGGUGAAUGAGUUCCAGCCAUUGCCGAUGAAAUGA